AUGGCAACCACAGAGAAUAACCAGCCAAUCCCCCCCGAAGAGGAAAAGGAAAUAUCGUCCCUCCUUGAAAGCAUAAAAAUAGAUGAUGAAAAGAUGACCGAUCUGACGGAAGAACAAAAGGAAACGCUCAAAAAACUGAAACUAUACCAGAAGGAGUAUUAUGAUUACGAGUCCAAGUUUGAGUACGAGUUAUUUUUGUUAAGGCAGAAGUACCAUGAUUUGUAUGGGCCAAUUUAUGAUAAGAGAAGAGAAGCAUUGGUAGGAAAUGGGGAAGCAAAAAUUGGUACCCCAAAUUUGCCUGAAUUUUGGUUAAGAGCAUUAAGAAACAACAACACAGUGAGUCAUGUUAUAGAAGAUCACGAUGAAGAAAUUUUAGUGUACCUAAAUGACAUUCGAUGUGAUUAUAUAAAAAAAAAUAAGGAGAAAAAAGAAGGAUUUAUUUUGUCCUUUCACUUUGCACCGAAUCCUUUCUUUAGCAACUCCGUUUUGACCAAAACGUAUCAUAUGAAAUGUGUAGACUGUGACAAUGAGCCAGUGUUGUUACACACCGAGGCGACUGUUAUCGAUUGGUAUGACAAUAAAAAUAUUUUGAAGAAAAAUGUCGUUAAAAAGCAACAUAACAAAAAUUCAAGAGAAGUGAAAACGGUACAGCAAACAGUUAACAGGGAUAGCUUUUUUCAUUUUUUUACAAGCCACAAGGUUCCAAAUUCAAAUGUUAUAAAGCAGUUAAGUAAACACGAAGUAGCUCAAUUGGAGAUGAUUAUAGAGGGAGACUACGAAGUGGCCUUAACCAUAAAGGAAAGAAUUAUUCCCUACGCUGUUGAUUAUUUCUUGGGCAUCAUAAUCGAAAGCGAAAGCAACAGUAUUGUGAGUGAUGUAGACAGUAGCUACAGUAGCAGUGAAAACAAUAGCAAUUAUAAUAGCUACGAAAGUAACAACAGUGCAUACAAUGAUGAAAAUAGCAAUGUCGAUACGAAUGAGUUUGAUGACAAUGAGGAAGAUGAAGAGGAUGGCGCUAAGAGCAAUGAGGAGGCUCUGACUUCCUGA